GCGGAAGCGCCGCGGGGCCGCCGUUUCGCUAAGGCGCGCGCCGUCUCCACAGCGUCGCACACUCGCCACUCACCACCACCACACGCCACAACCACCACCACCACAACAACCACCACCACCACAACAACCACCACCACCACACGGAACCACUUACUCCUCGCUCCGACAGCAGCGAGCAGCAGCAGCAGCCGCAGCUCAGCGCCGUUGUCACGCCAGGGUUUGACACCCGGGUCGUGUCGGGGUUGGUGGUGGUCGUUGGAGGAAUCGAUUGGGAGGAGAGCCACAGACACCCACCCACCCACUCACCCGCCCACAACGAAGGGGACGAGGGGGCUGGUGAGAGGGAGGGCUUCGUGUGCUGCCCGCUACGGAGUGUGUCGACGAGGGGUGAGAGCAGAGGCGACAGAGGCUGCCUGCGAUGGGGAAGAUGCAGGGGUUGGCACCUUCAGGGGUGGCCGUGAGCACUGCCCUUGACCACCAACAACAGCAGCAGCAGCUACAACAACAGCAGCAGCAGCUACAACAACAACAGCAGCAGCAGCAGCCUGUGGUUGGAUACUGGCUGAGCGACAAAAAGAGGAAAAAGUUGAACUUUCACGUCUUCGCUGAGCUGUGCAGAUCUCAUGGAAUACAGCUUGUGAAGAUCGAUCUGCAGCGUGACCUCGAUCAGCAGGGCCCAUUCCGAGUGAUCCUGCACAAGCUCACUGACCUGCUGCUGGAGGCCGACCAAGGCAACGCCACCUCCACCAACCUCGUGCAGAGGUUCCAGAGCUACGUGGACAGUCACCCGGAGACGAUGCUGCUCGACCCACUGCAUGCUGUGCGGAAGCUGCUUGACAGAUGCCGGUCCUACGACCUCAUUCAGGAGCUUGAAAUAUGCCGGCUGGAGGGAGCGAUCAGCACGCCAGCUUUUGUGCGACUCAACACGUCGGACCCGGAAGAAAUGCUGGCCCUGAUGCGGGAGCGCAACGUCACCUUCCCGUUCGUGUGUAAGAAUAUUGUAGCCCAUGGCUCAGCGUCUCACGAGUGGUGCCGAGGAACUGUGUCUGCCUUGACAGCAGCUGGCACCGAGUCACCCGCUGUGGCCUCCGACGAUGGAAGUCGGAACUCUAGCUACAUCCACGAGAUGGCCAUCGUGUUCGGCGAGGCGGGGUUGAGGGACAUCCGCCCGCCGUGCGUGGCGCAGAGCUUCAUAAACCACGACGGCGUUUUGCACAAGGUGUUUGUCAUCGGGGACACCUUUCAUGUGGUGGAGAGGCCCUCUCUCAAAAACUUUCCCGCUGGGAAAUCGGAUCAGAAAACUAUCUUUUUCAACAGUCACGAUGUCUCCAAGGCUGAAUCUGCAUCGCACUUAAAUGCACGAGACGAGAGCCAGACGGCCGAGCAGCGGCAGCAGCUGUCCUUGCAGGUGGUGCGGCGCCUUGUGGAGGGCCUGCGCGAGACGCUCGAGAUGUCGCUGUUCGGCAUCGACAUCAUCGUGGACCGGGAGAGCGGCCACCACGCCGUCAUCGACAUCAAUGCCUUCCCAGGCUACGAUGGCGUCGCCGACUUUUUCCCAGCGCUGCUCAUGCACGUGCAGGGCCUUCUGCAGGCACACAAGCCCAGCGACGGCGUCUUAACAAACCAGCGCCUGCAGACACCUAACGGACAGCUCGAGCCACCCACCACAGGCGAGCUGAUCCAGCAUCAUCAAGCCCAACCGCAGCAGCUUCAGCAGCAGCAGCAGGCUGCUGCCUGCAGGGACCAGGAUUCCGCAAGCGCGGCGGGGCUGUCGGCCUUGCAGCUGCCUCGGCUUUCCCUGCCGAGCCGCCCACACGGCCGAUGCGGGUGCACGGCCUCCCGGAGUUCGUGGCCCGUGGAGAACGGCGGUGGCAGCGGCGCAUCGCACUUGGUGCCCACCAAACGGAGGGUGCACUCGGUGUCUGUGUCACCGGCGGCGGCGGCGGACAUUGGCAUGGUGUGCCACCGCGUAUCGCUCGUGGGAAAGGGCAGCAACGGUCGCUGAGCCCACUGCCGGGGGCACCACAGAUGUCACGCUUUCCUUUGUGAUCGCCCAACAAUCCAUCCCUCCAACAGUCGUCUGCGAUCAUUGGUGUGUAGCUUCUGUCGUUAGGACAGCGGUGCCCAGUCUGACCGAAUUGAAACAAGAAAUCCAGUCAUUCCAGCUGCGCGACCGUGCAUAUUGGUGGCUUUGGUACAGACGCUUCGUCACGUGUGUGCACAUUUAAUUAUAGUGGUUGGAAGAAAAAAAAAUAGCAGGAUAUCUUCUGUGUGUUCAUAUUAAAUGACUUAAUUUGUCUUAUUAAUCGCAGCCACCCCACCCUCCAUCCAGAUGCAUAUGUAGAGGUGAUCAGGUGAUCAUGUGCUCUGAGAAUUGUGGUGGUAUAGCCUCCGUCCAAACACGCUCCAUUAUGUGCGCGCAUUGCAUUUGCCGAAGUCAUGUUAAUGUCAGGAUUAAUUCAUUCCAUGUGAGGUUGACAGCACCAUAGCUAUAAGCAUUUAUUUUUGGAAAUAAUAAGUUCCUUAAAUUUAUUAAAUUUGUCAAUCCAAAUUUGCAGCUUGUUAGAGGUCUUUAAAGGGUGAUGUAAUUUUCAGAGUAUGCCACUGACGAUGUGGCUUUAAAUUCCUUUGCAGAGGCAGGCAGGUGUCCAUCUGAUGAGUGCCCUGUCACUCAUUGAUACGAGUCGGAGACGUACGGAGGGCCGGUGGUUAAUGGGUAGCAUUAAUUAAAUGAUUUAAUUUACAGUAAUUUAGUAUUAAUAUAUUUUGUAAUAAAAAUCAACUGUGAAUAUUAUUGUGGUGAACCUUUGUAAAAUUUUGUUUGAAAUGCAACGUUUGUUCCACUUCUAGAAAUGAAAAAAGAGUUUUUUAGAUUUUUUUUUAACAACUUCCAUAUUUAAUUUCUGAUCAACUUUAAUGUUUUGCCAAAUGAUAUCCUUUUGCAAAAUUGUAAAUAAGUGUUGAAAUCUGAUUGAAACGCUGACUAAAAAAAAUGUUAUUUAGUUUAUUAAAAAAAACAGCCCAGAUGAACUUUAAAACAAAUUGAAACACAGGCAUCACACUCUUGUGCCGCCUGUUUAGCGAUGUGCAACAGGAACCAAGAGUCUUGAAUUUUAUCAUUUCUGUUGUAAAAUAUAUUGGCACGUUAAAAAAAGAGGUUUUAAACGAGCUCUGGCCUAGCAAUUCCUGAUACCUCUUUGUAGGGGUAUGCUUGUUGAUUUUUAAUUAAACAAAAAUCAAGAUAAAUUGCACUUGUGUGAUCCUAAUGUAAUCAUUGCUGUUCUUGAAAAGCGCGUCAUUCUGUCGCGAGCCGUCUCAUUGAAUCGUGCGCUCUCCGUGCAUCCAGGGAAUGUACGUGCAGGUGGAGAUCACGCUGGUGUGUGGCUUCAGUGGUAAGGCGGAUGUCCAGUUUGAGGAGACUGCUGUCCGCUCCAUGUGCUAUCAAGGAAAAAUACCGGUGGCUCAUAUCUCUUUUUUCCACUGGCACAUUCGAGCCGUGCUAGCGCGGGGCCCUUACUGUGUAUGGGUGGUUUUCUACGAGCUAUUUGCCAAGCUGAGCCAGGAUCAAACGGUGAACCUCUGGCUUUAGAAGAAGACAUCUGAAUCUGGCUCGGAAGCAAGCAGGGCUAGGGGCGGGGUUAAUUCUAAAUUGAAAACCAUUUCUUUAGAACUGAUUUUUUUGUUUUAUGUUUGUUGUCCUAAUCUCCGCACCUUCGAUUAUCACGGUUGGCUACGUACGGUGCGAAAGAAGUUCAACAUGCAUGCAUACAAACACAUUUUUUUGUUAUACAUUGACGCAACGUACGUUCAUUAUUACGUAUGAUGUCGGUGGCACAGCCCGGGUUUUUGCAGUGGAAAAUUAAACCUGGCUGGCUUGGCAUGCCAACAGCGUGGCUCGGUUGUAUCGUGGAAAGGAGGUAUAAAUUGAACCCAGGUGACUGUUUACAAGUUUCUGUCUUCGCACCCAUCAUCUGACUCACUUGAAGGUAAUACCCCUCACCAGACACACACUUGGUGUCGGUCAUAGAUAAACGGCGCUGUCUCUCCGAUGUAGACGUGGUCAAUUUCACUGCCGGAUGAAGGUCUCCCCAAGUCUGCCGCUGCUGUGUUAACCUGUUGUCAGUCCGCUUGGUGCAGUGCGUGCAGUGUUCUACGACAGCGGUGACUGCUUCUGAGUCUCGUGUCUAUGUCGAUGGACUUGCGUGUAACCGUAUUUUCGUUUUCACCGCUCUUCUCAGCUUUUCCCGAUGGUCUUUCUGCUUGCAAAUAUGAGAUUUUAUUUUGGGUGAAAGGGAAACUGUGGCUUAAGUGACAUGACCACCAGUGAAAAUACUUGUCGGUAAUUAUGGCGAUAAGAGGGGUUUUUGUUCGCUUGGUUUAACUUAAACCGCUCUGUUCGUGUUCAUUAUAAUUACUUGCACAGUUUAUUUUAAGAACACAUCGAUGACGCUAUAGUUUACAAAAUCUGGGCGCUAUGUACUACGUCGUCUUCUGUUCAUACAGCACAGAUUAUUUUUGUAACAAUUGUAUUCUUUUCUUGUAAUUGUGAUUCCAUUGAAUAGAAAACUCUGCAUCUUUUGGUGAGAUGUAGUGCUCGCUUAAUUACAGCUGUAUAGCAGCGCAAUGCAAAUGAUUUGUUGGCUACUCCAUUCAAUGUCCAUUGCAGAGGUUUAAAAAAAUCGGAAAUGAUCUACGAUCCAGCAAAACUGGGUGCCGGAUUCACACGUGUGCGUGCGAGGCUGUGGUUCAUUGUCAAUUACUUAUAGCAGUGUCUCAAGCACCAGCGUGAAGUGAACUAAUAACCAAAGUGUUCACCCAUCGUUGGGUGACAUCUUGUCGCAAGGCUUUUUCAUGUACCACUUCUUGUUUGUGAGUGACCCCAACCACUUGGUUAAUACGAUUUUUAAAAAAGCUGUAGUUUUAACACACAGGCAAGAACGUAUCCAUGUUGAAUGUUUAAUGAACGUUAUCAAUGUGUCGGCAGAGGAGAAAAGUGCUUUCGCUCGGCUUUUUCUCAGCUUUAUCUCGCAGUCUGGCUUCGCGCAUCUGUCCAUAGCCCGGGAUGAUCUUGUUGCCGUCUUUUCGAUGGGGAGUCGAGCUCAUGGGGGGCCAUGGAGGCAUUCUUCACGUCUGUAAACAGGACACUCAUUACCACGUGGGCAAGAUUACUGCCGAUAACAGUGGGCUCAGUUUUAUUUUUCUGCCAAGCCGUUUAAACGCGGAAGAGACUGCCCAGGCUUCCUCUUGAGAAGUCCAGCGUCUGUGAUGAUGGCUAGAAGGCAGCGGAACGAGGUUGUUUUGCGCGAGGUACUUGCAUGAAGAAGGCUGCGCUGCAGAUGCGAUGCGUGGAUUGGCUUGGCAGUGCUGGCGUAGCGAGACUGUUGCUGCUUAUUUCUCUUGAUAACAUGUCCUGUUGCUGUGCUUUUGCAACUACGACUACCUCCUUGCAUUCGAUUACAAUUCUCUACGUUUGUGUGUGAUUGGAAACGUUCUCUAUUGUUAGUAUGCCCCUUUGAAUUCUGAUUCGAAUCUGCAGAAUGGAGGGUGCGGGGAGGGAGGAACGUUGUUCUGUGCUAUUGAGAGGUCAUUCAUGUGGCUUUUAUAUAUAUAUCAGUGGCUUCCACUCUUUCACCUGUCGUCAGCUGAGCCCCCCACCAACUUAUUCAUUGGUCAGCGUCCUUCCAGUUGAGGCAGAGGAAGCGAUCGUCAUUUUCUGGGCCGCGUAAGGGACUGGGUGACAGCAACAGUCUGGAGGGCGAUUUUCGCCACAUUCACAGCAGGAUUUGCAACGUGAUGCUGAAGUUGUCCAAGCUUUUGCUUAAUUAUCAAUUCUGUAAUCCUAUACGGUAUAUCUCCAAUUUAAUUUGGAACUCUGGACGUAAAGAUGAUAUGGUUUUUGUUAUUUUUUAAAUGCUACCGUUUGUUUUGUUCGAUCUAAGUGUGCAAAGCUAACGGCAGACAACUGGAAAAAAGACCCGUAUUUGCAACAGUUUUGUCCAAAAGUCUGUCACUUUACUCUUAUUCUGACCAAACCGCAUCACGUUUGAAUGCUAUUUCACCCUUAACGCGUGAUGGUGGUGGUCGUGGUGUGAUUGCUUUUCAUGUCAUUGACACCGUUUCUGGGUUUUCAUUGUCAUUCGUUUCACAAACAUUUCCAAGCACCCAACGAACCAAAAAUCGUACUUGCGAUAAAAAAAAAUUCCAACGUUUUUGGGCAAAGAAAUGUCAAAAGUAGCUGCUUCGCAUGUUUAAUAAAAAAACAAAGUCAUCCGGUUUGAUUUCUGCUCGUGUGCACAAUUGCACAUCGUCACAUUCCAUUGGUUGCUUUUUAUUUUGAGCGUCAAGCUUCUGGGAUGUCUGGACUGUUAAGACCGCCGCCUUUCUACUUUUCAGAUGACAGGACGUCUAUUUCCGAGGGCUUUGGGAGUGAGAUGAGAAUGUACUUGUUAAGUCAAUUGUUGCACUUUCCCUUGAACCAAGAUUUCCCCCACCCUCGCUUUAAGCGUUUGCUAAAGCCCCCCCCCCCCCCCCUACAAUUGUACUUUAAAGAAUUUACAAAAUUCCGAAUGUUUGAAAAAUAUUGUUUCAUCGUUUGGCUCUAUAAUUGUGGUGUUCACUUCUAAUACCGGUCAACGGAUUGCGAUGAUGUUAAGGCUUGACCGAGACUUUGUAAUGUAUUCCCGCCAUGUGCCUUUUCCAGUACCACCACCGAGCAGUGUGCGUGUCCCUCUGGCAUAAGAUGUGUGAUGCUGUUAAUUUUACAUGUAUAUUUAUUAAAGUUCAUCUGAAUUAAACAAAGGCCAUUUAUAGUUGUCGGAUGAGCUAAUAAAUGUAAAUUAUA